UGGAAAAUCUGUCAGCUGUCAAUUAUUUCGCAUGUUUUCCAUUAGUUGCAGGUUUUCAUAUUUAUAUUUGUUUUCGAUGCUGUGGCAAAAUUUCACAAAUUUGUUAAAAUUUUUUCUACAGUUCGAUACAUAAAUAAGUUGUGAAAUUGAGACUGUGGUGUGGCAUAAAAAGAAUUGACCAAAAUGUCGCGCCAUAGAAUUGUGCGGGCAAUGGAUUACAAUGACGAAUACGACAGCUACGAUGAUGUAUACGGCCAUUCCGUUGACGAUGACAACUGCAUCUCACCGACGGACGCGCAGCAGUGGCUAUACGACAGGGCUCGUGGCCAACAUAGUAUGUCUGCGUUUAUUAAAAAUAACAAAGAUAUCGAGGAGGAGGAAGAGGAGAUGGGUGAAAAUAAUGUUCCAUACGGAAAGGAUCGUCGAGACUCUGAUAAUUUUCAGCUGCCAGUAUUGAAUGAUGUUGACCAAGCAAAGCUUACAUCCUGCAUUGAUGAAGUUCGUAAUGUUGUGGGAGAUCAGAUAUCUGAGCGAAGAAUAGUAGAGACUUCCAUAAACUUUGGCUAUGAUAUAACGAAAAUACUUGAUGACAUACUAAAUAACGAAUGUGACAAUAAAGCCAAGCGGCAUAAACCAAUAAACGAGACCAGUACAUCAAAAAAGGCCGCACUUCAAGCAUCUACAUCCACUGCUUCAAAACUAAAAACACCUGAUCGCGAAACGGUAUCUUUUGCACAGGCCACACCAAUAAUAAAAGUCACAGCGCAACCGUUAAGUGAGCGCGAUGUACGUCGUGGCUUUGAAAUUAGUUCACCUCAUCCACAAGCAUCCCCAGCUGUAUCUGGAAGAAAUACGCCUGUUGAUGAAGAAGCCAACAAAAGUCUAAUAACGGUUAAGGUAUCCAAAGAACAAGCACAACGCGAUGCACGAAAACUAUACUCACAGGAACGUGGUGAACAAAAAGCGCAUUUUCAUAUGAUUGUUAUCGGACAUGUCGAUGCAGGCAAAAGCACAUUGAUGGGACAUUUAUUGGUUGACACCGGCUACGUCUCGCAACGAGUCAUGCACAAGCAUGAGCAAGAAUCUAAGAAAAUGGGCAAACAGAGUUUCAUGUACGCCUGGGUACUGGAUGAAACCGGUGAAGAGCGCUCAAGAGGCAUUACCAUGGAUGUUGGGUAUUCCCGCAUUGAGACAACUACAAAGGUAGUUACACUUCUGGAUGCUCCUGGACACAAAGACUUUAUACCAAACAUGAUUUCGGGUGCUACUCAAGCUGACGUCGCACUUCUUGUAGUGGACGCAUCGCGUGGUGAAUUCGAAGCAGGAUUCGAACAAGGCGGUCAAACACGUGAACAUGCUUUACUUGUACGCUCAUUAGGCGUUAACCAAUUGGGAGUUGUCAUUAACAAGCUGGAUAUGGUCGAUUGGUCUAAAGAGCGUUUUGAUGAAAUUGUUAGUAAACUAAAAGUCUUUCUCAGGCAAGCUGGUUUUAAAGAGUCUGACGUUACUUUUAUACCAUGCUCUGGUCUAAGCGGCGAAAAUUUGUCAAAGCCGGCAACGGAGCCCGCUUUAAAAGCCUGGUACAAAGGACCACAUUUACUAAGCGUUAUAGAUAAUUUUAAAUUGCCAGAGAGAUCAAUUGAUCGUCCAUUUCGUAUGUCUGUGUCAGAUAUUUAUAAAGGCACUGGUUCUGGCUUUUGUAUAUCAGGCCGCAUCGAGACUGGUGUGCUUAGUGUUAACGAUCGCGUGCUGGUAGGUGCAAGUCGCGAACAGGCCCAAGUCAAGGGAAUACAAAUCGACGAAAUGUCGCAAACAAAUGCUUUUGCGGGUGAUCAAGUGUCAGUGACACUGUCCGGCGUAGAUAUGUCCACCGUGUCUGUAGGUUGUAUCAUUUGCGACCCGCAAAAUCCCAUACCAGUUACAACUCGUUUCCAGGCGCGUAUUCUUGUCUUCAACGUUACCGUGCCCAUUACUAUUGGCUAUCCGGUGCUCUUACAUCAUCAGUCUCUCAUCGAACCGGCAGUGCUGAGCAAAUUGCAGGCGCAAUUACAUAAAAGCACUGGAGAGACUAUCAAAAAGAAACCACGGGUACUCGGAAAUAACUCGUGUGCUCUAGUGGAAUUGGAAACAACGCGUCCAAUCUGCAUCGAACGAUAUGCGGACUUCAAGGAGUUGGGACGUUUCAUGUUGCGAGUGGGCGGCGUCACCAUAGCUGCGGGGAUGGUUACGAAAAUACGUUAAUAUUAAGAUCUUUGAAAAUGCCAAUAAGUUGUAAUAAAAUUAUGUCUCACGUUUUAGGUGCAAUUCAA